UCAUCCAAUGUUUUUGUUUUGCUUUCGCGAAUGAGUGGUUUUUCGUGAUUUUCUCAAGAAUUUCCCCAGAAAAUGUCUGAAUACGAGGGUGUUCGCAGAGGAAAAUUGGUUCUAAAGGGCGAAAGUUCAAAGACUCAGAAGCGGAAGCACAAGAAGGAUAAGAAGGAGAAACAUCAGAAGCGCCGGAAGCCCAAGAUUGACGAGGAUGCGUUGAAGCAUGGUGGUUGGUGGCAGUGUCGGAAGGUGGAGGAAAUCACUGGCUCAGUGGCCAUUCAAUUCGGGGAAAAGACGUACGUGAAAGCCCUGGACAAUGGUCUGUUAACUUUGGGAGCGCCCCACAAUGACGGCGACCCGCCGGCACCUGAAGAGAUCCUGACAGCCUUCGCAAUCAGCGACACGAAGGUCUCGUUCAAGUCUGGAUACGGGAAGUAUCUGAAGGUGGAGAAGGAUGGCGUGGUGACAGGGCGCUCGGACGCCGUGGGCGCCAUGGAGCAAUGGGAGCCGGUGUUUCAAGACAGAAAAAUGGCCCUCCUUGGCGCCAACAGUUGCUUCAUGGCCAUCGACCCCGAGGACGAUGCCGUAGUGGCGCUGAAGCGGAAAGUAGGCGACGCCGAGAUCGCCGUGGUCAGGAGUUGCGCCACGAAGGAGGAUGAAGAUGUGGAAGUGAAGCCCACGGAGGAGAUGGGAGACUUGUCUCAAGUGGAAAUCAACUACGUGAGGAAGUUCCAGAAAUUCCAGGACAAGAAGCUGAAGGUGAAUCAGGAAGACCGCACGGAGCUGGAACGCGCCAAGACGGAGGGAUAUCUGCACGAGGCUCUCCUGGACAGGCGAUCGAAAAUGAAGGCCGAUCGCUACUGCAAGUGAAGAGCUAAAUAUUCACUUCAUCUACAGUUGUAGCCCUCUUUUUGCUAUUCCAUCGAUCCCCAACCUCUCUUCUCCAACAAAUUGUAGGCAGUCCGUUACAAAAAUGUACUAUAU